AUGGUGGUGCCCGCCUCGACGCCUUCAGCGCCGCCGCCGACUGACGCCGCGCCGCCGCCCGGCUCCGAGACUUUGGAGGUGGGUCGCUGGCAGGUCGUCGUCGCCGACGGGCACGCGGUGCUGCCCGAAGGCAUGACGCACCUGCCGGACCGGGCGUUUCGGCUCCGCGCCUCUCUCGUCUCGGUCGCCUUCCCGCGCAGCCUCGCCUCCAUCGGCGGCUGCGCCUUCUACCGCUGCUCCUCCCUUGUCUCCAUCGACCUCCCCGCCGGCCUCACCUCCAUCGGCAACGAAGCCUUCGCCUGCUGCUCCUCCCUGACCACCAUCACGCUGCCGCUGCCCGAUGGCCUCUCGAUUGGCAACAGAGCCUUCUUCGACUGCCCCCUCGACGACGAAGCGAAGGCAGCAGUGCGGGCCAUCAACGUUUGGGCGGGCGUCACCUCCAUCGGCAGCCUCGCCUUCUACCUCUGCUCCUCCCUCACCCGCGUCACCCUCCCUGCCGGCCUCACCUCCAUCACAAGCAGCGCCUUCUCCGACUGCUCCGCCCUCGCCUCCGUCACCUUCCCUGCCACCCUCACCUCCAUCGGCGACUUCGCCUUCUGGGGCUGCUCCGCCCUCUCCUCCGUCACCCUCCCUGCCGGCCUCACCUCCAUCGGCGGCUACGCCUUCUGCGACUGCUCCUCUCUGACCCGCGUCACCGUGCCAGACACCGCCACCGUCGGCUACGCCGCCUUCCCGCCCGCCACCACCGUCCUCCGCCUCCGGCCCGCAAGCAUGCGCGACCUGCAGCGCUGGUACGAGGCGGUGGACGGGGCUCUGGCCUACAAGCGCUGCCGCCCCCUCCUCUACGGCUGGCUAGAGCGGGCCCAGACCAGGCUCGGCUCUUACGGCCCGGACGGCGCGGCGCGCCAGCGCGACCUCGAGGAGUUCGAGGGCGACUUUGCGCACCUCGCGCUCCAUGCAGACUGA